CUCAACACUCAAAAACAUGACUUCCUCUUUCUGCAGUUAGGACCUCUGCAGCAGGAACCUGAGGACACUUUGCUACAGGACAUGAACAAGGAUGGCUGUUUUCUAUUUGCUGUUGUUUGUUGCCUUCCCUAUUUGCCAUUCUUCAUUUACCUUAAACCGAGCCUGGAAAGAAUGGAGGAUCAAACAUGAGAAAGUCUAUGAGAAUAAGACUGAGGUGAGCUUCAGGAGGGCAUUAUGGGAGAAGAACUUGGAACAGAUUUGGAGGCAUAACCAGGAAGUGGCGUCUGGGAAACACAGCUUCACUCUGGGACUCAACCACCUGGCUGAUAUGACAGCCGACGAAGUGAACGACAAGUUAAACGGACUGAGGCCGGAGAAGCUGAACGCAGUCAGAAAUGUCACUUUGAAGAAUUUGUCUGAUUUGAACAUUCCCCAAACUGUGGACUGGAGGAAGAAGGGCCUCGUCAGCUCUGUGCAAAACCAAGGCAUGUGUGGGUCGUGCUGGGCCUUCAGUUCUGUGGGGGCUCUGGAGGGGCAGAUGAGUAAACGCACUGGGGUCCUGGUGCAGCUCAGUCCUCAGAACCUGGUGGACUGCAGCGUGAUGGACGGGAACCACGGCUGUAAAGGAGGUUACAUCUCCAAAUCCUACAGUUAUAUCAUUCGCAACCAAGGCGUUGACUCAGAGCAGUUCUACCCCUAUGAACACAAGAAUGGGAUCUGUCGCUAUUCUGUGAAAGGGAAGGCAGGCCACUGUUCAAGCUUCCACAUCCUUCCUCGAGGAGAUGAGAACAUAUUGGCAUCUGUAGUGGCCAAUGUGGGACCAGUGGCUGUGGCUGUGAAUGCAAUGCUGCCAUCUUUUCAUCUGUACAAAAGAGGUGUGUACAAUGAUCCCAAAUGCAACCCAAAUUUAAUAAACCAUGCAGUUCUUGUCGUUGGCUAUGGCACAGAUAAGGGAGAAGACUACUGGCUGGUCAAAAACAGUUGGGGAGCGUCAUGGGGAGAAGGUGGAUUCAUCCGCAUUGCCCGUAAUAAGAAAAAUGCUUGUGGCAUCGCAACCUUCGCUGUGUAUCCCACAAUUUAAGAAUAAUAAAUGAGCAUUUAAAUCUUAAAUAUUUGCAAUAUUUUUUGACAAGGGUUCAUGUA